AUAUUUAAUAACCCUAAUAAAAUGGAAGCUGAAAAACGACCAAGAGAAGAAGACUCUGCUUCAACAGAGACAACACAACAGCUUCCUGCCGAAAAAAAACAUGAGGCAGACCAAAAGCCAAAACAGGAGCAACGUAAACCACAGUAUGAGUUAAAGUACUCUCUGGUAGGUCAUCGUAUGUCUGUAUCUAGUGUCAAAUUCUCUCCUGACGGCAAAUGGUUAGCUAGUUGCUCUGCUGACAAAACUAUUAAAAUCUGGCAUGCAUUGGAUGGAAAGUAUGAGGCUACUCUAGAAGGACAUACACAGGGUAUCUCUGAUGUUGCCUGGUCUUCCGAUUCUCAAAAUUUAUGUUCAGCUUCUGAUGAUAGAACAAUCCGUAUAUGGAGUCUUGCUACCCGUGACACUGUCAAAGUUUUAAGGGGACAUACAAACUAUGUGUUUUGUGUCAAUUACAAUCCUCAAUCUAACCUCAUCGUUUCGGGCUCAUUUGAUGAAAGUAUCAAGAUUUGGGAUGUUAAAAAAGGAAAAUGUAUGAAGACAUUACCAGCCCAUUCAGAUCCUGUAUCUGCAGUACACUUUAAUAGAGACGGUACCAUGAUCGUCAGUUGCAGUCAUGACGGUUUGAUUCGUAUCUGGGAUACAGCGAGUGGUCAAUGCUUAAAGACAUUAGUAGAUGAUGAUAAUCCACCUGUAUCUUUUGUUAAAUUUUCACCCAAUGGCAAAUAUAUCCUUGCAUCCACUUUAGAUAGUACUUUGCGAUUAUGGAAUUAUCAUACUGGGAAAUGCUUAAAGACUUAUCGAGGACAUGAAAAUACUAAAUAUUGUAUAUUUGCCAGUUUUAGUGUGACAGGCGGAAAGUGGAUUGUGAGUGGAAGUGAAGAUCACAAUAUAUAUAUUUGGAAUUUGCAAACAAAGGAAAUUGUACAAAAACUCGAAGGACACUCGGAUGUCGUACUUGGUAUCGCAUGCCAUCCCACCAUGAACAUUAUUGCCUCUGGCUCUAUUGACCAGGACAAGUCAGUCAAGCUUUGGUUUGAUAAGUCACAACCUACUGCAUAAAGAGAAGAAGCCCCUUUUUAUUUAUUUUAUAUACAGAGUUCAGAA